AUGAGUGGGGUUCUGAAAAGGAAGUACGAAGAGCUGGGGGAUGACAGCACCUACUGCUCCUCCUCCUCCUGCUCCCCCCUCUCCUCCUCGGCGUCCUCGGGCUGGGAGUCGGAUGAGGAGAACUCCCGUGGAGAACCCAAGCCCAGCUCUGCCUUAAUGCCCAGCUUCACCCCCACAUCUAUCCUGAAGAAAUCCAAGCGACUAAAGAAGAACAAUGUGGAGUUUGACCGGGUCACUGUGUUUUACUUCCCACGCUGCCAGGGGUUCACGAGCGUGCCUAGUCGUGGGGGCUGUACCCUGGGGAUGGUGAGCAAACACAGCUCCUCCCGGCAGUUCACGCUAGCAGAGUUUUCAAAGGAGCAGGAGAAUGUUCGUCGGGAGAAACUCGAAGAGAAAUUAAAAGAGGAGAAGUUGGAAGCGUUGAAAUGGAAACUAACCAUGAACGGCACGAAGGAGUCGGAGGAGGCCAACCAGCUCACUAUCGAAGACAUCUCCGACGACGACAUCGACGUCAGCAACAUGGACCUGGAGGACGGCUUCUUCCUCCAGCCCUACCCCGCCAAGAAGAGACGCGCGCUGCUGAAAGCUGUGGGGGUGAAGAAAAUCGACAAGGAGGAGAAGCGGGAACUGCACAACAUCCGCCUGUCCCGGGAGGACUGUGGCUGCGACUGCCGGGAGGUCUGCGACCCGGAGACCUGCAGCUGCAGCUUGGCAGGCAUUAAAUGUCAGAUGGAUCACACCUCCUUCCCCUGCGGCUGCACCAAGGACGGCUGCGGCAACACCGAGGGCAGGAUCGAGUUCAACCAGGCCCGCGUGCAGACCCACUUCAUCCACACCAUCAUGAAGCUGGAGCUGGAGAAGCAGCAGCAGAGCAGCGAGAAGGUGGUGGAGGCUGAGCCCCCUUUUCGGGAGCGGCUCCCACCCUUGGGAUGUGCAGCGGGGAAGAGCUCUUUGGAGGAGCGCGCCGUGCCGCUGGCACCCGCCUUCCAGUUCAGCCCCGACCUGGAGGCCCUGGGAGAGAACAGCUGCAGCAGUGACAUGACGGACUCCUCCAUCUCCUCCCACCCCAGCGAGGACCUGGAGGAGCCCUACGAGAGCCUCCCCUCCGACAAGUCCCAGUCAGACGUGGAUGACGACGGCUUGGCACGCAUCCUCCACUUCAACGACUCGGAUGCCGAGGAAGAGGGUGGCCGCGGCCAGGAUGACCUGAGCUGCUUUCACCCCGCUGACUUCUUCAUCGAGGACCACGGCAGCGAGGCCAAGCCUGUCCCCGGCCAUUUGUCCCACCUCUCCGAGUGCCUGGAUGAGAAUGCCAACCAGGAUGGCGGAGGUUUGCUGGAGGAUGCUGCCCACGCGCGGUGUGAUGGGCUGUCCUGCUGCGCCUCAUCCCCAGCCGAGCCCUGCUCCAAGAGCUACGCCGACCUCAGCCUUUCCUCUGACUCCUUGGAUUUCUUCCAGUCCUUCUCGGACUAUAACUUGGGACCCCUUUACAACUCCUUAAAGGAGUACGAGAACCUCGAUAACUUCUCAGCGUUACAGUUUCAGUUGCCUAAUUUCCCCGGCUUCCCACAAGCGGGAGAUCAGGGCUCUUGUUUCUUGGAGUCCCUCAUCGGUUUGUCCGAAUCCGUCCCCGAAACCCCGGCCCCUUUCACAGACAAUCAACUUUUGGAGGAUGCCAUCAAGUCAUCACUGAUGGAGACGGUGAAAGUGUGA